UCUCCCUGCUGCUGCUCUCUCCCCCUUUCCUUCUCCAUAUCCUCUGUUCUCCCUUCUCUUCAUUUCUCCACUUCCCCGCUUUCUCUCACUCUUCCCACGCCCCUUCUCUCCCUCCUUUUCUCUUCUCUCUCCUGCCCAUCGUCCCUGAGUUGGGGGUGAACUCAGCUACCCCCCGGCGUGCUGGUUCCGCCCUGCUGGGAGCCCCAGAAGAAGACCCUAAAGGCUUCAUUUUGCCCGCCCCCUCCCCCCCGAGGAAGGGGGCAGUAGGAGUGGGCAAUUGUGCUGGGGGCUUAGCCGGGCAAUGGAGCAGCCGGAGGAUAUGGCGUCAGUGAGUGAGUUCGACUCCCUGGCAGGCAGCAUUCCAGCCACCAAGGUGGAGAUAACCGUUUCCUGCAGGAAUCUUUUGGAUAAAGACAUGUUCUCCAAGUCAGACCCAUUGUGUGUGAUGUAUACUCAAGGAAUGGAGAACAAGCAAUGGAGAGAGUUUGGAAGAACGGAAGUGAUUGACAACACACUGAAUCCGGACUUUGUACGCAAAUUUAUACUGGAUUAUUUCUUUGAGGAGAAACAGAACAUCAGAUUCGAUCUGUAUGAUGUUGAUUCAAAGAGCCCCGAUCUCUCCAAACACGAUUUCCUGGGCCAGGCCUUCUGCACUCUGGGAGAGAUCGUGGGGUCCCCUGGGAGUCGCCUGGAGAAGCCCCUCACGAUAGGAACAUUCAGCUUGAAUGCUAGGACUGGCAAACACAUUCCAUCAGUGUCAAAUGGCGGGGUCCCUGGGAAGAAGUGUGGUACCAUUAUCUUGUCAGUGGAGGAGUUGAGCAACUGCAGGGAUGUCGCCACAAUGCAGUUCUGUGCCAACAAGCUGGACAAGAAAGAUUUCUUCGGUAAAUCUGACCCCUUCCUGGUGUUCUACAGAAGCAACGAGGAUGGAACGUUCACCAUCUGUCACAAGACAGAAGUCAUGAAGAACACUCUGAAUCCCGUGUGGCAAACUUUCUCCAUCCCUGUGAGAGCCCUCUGCAAUGGGGACUACGAUCGGACCAUCAAGGUGGAGGUAUAUGACUGGGAUCGGGAUGGCAGUCAUGACUUCAUUGGGGAAUUCACCACUAGCUACCGGGAACUGGCUCGUGGGCAGAGUCAAUUCAACAUCUAUGAGGUGGUAAACCCGAAAAAGAAAAUGAAGAAAAAGAAAUACUUGAACUCUGGCACAGUAACGCUACUGUCCUUCGCAGUGGAGUCGGAAUGCACAUUCUUGGAUUAUAUCAAAGGAGGGACUCAGAUCAAUUUCACGGUUGCCAUUGACUUCACUGCCUCCAAUGGCAACCCUUCCCAGUCCACUUCCCUGCAUUAUAUGAGCCCGUACCAGCUGAACGCCUAUGCUCUGGCGCUAACAGCAGUCGGUGAGAUCAUCCAGGACUACGACAGUGACAAGAUGUUCCCAGCCCUGGGCUUUGGGGCCAAGCUGCCUCCUGAUGGCAGAGUUUCCCACGAGUUCCCACUGAAUGGCAAUCCGGAUAACCCCUCUUGCUGUGGUAUUGAUGGUAUCCUCGAGGCCUAUCACCGAAGCCUUCGCACCGUGCAGCUCUAUGGCCCCACCAACUUUGCACCGGUGGUCACUCAUGUGGCCAGGCAUGCGGCAACUGUGCAAGAUGGCUCCCAGUAUUCCGUGCUGCUGAUCAUCACAGAUGGGGUCAUCUCAGACAUGGCGCAGACCAAGGAAGCCAUCGUCAACGCUGCCAAACUCCCCAUGUCCAUUAUCAUCGUGGGCGUUGGCCAGGCUGAGUUUGAUGCCAUGGUUGAGCUAGAUGGUGACGACAUUCGGAUCUCCUCCCGGGGGAAGUUAGCAGAGCGGGAUAUCGUCCAGUUUGUGCCAUUCCGGGACUAUGUGGACCGAACAGGGAAUCAUGUGCUCAGCAUGGCUCGCCUGGCCAGAGAUGUACUGGCUGAGAUCCCUGACCAGCUGGUAUCCUACAUGAAAGCACAAGGCAUUCGUCCCCGCCCACCCCCGGGACCUCCUGCCCACACCCCAUCUCGGUCCCCUUCACACACUCCGCCUGCCUCCCCUAUGCACACAAACAUCUAAGGAUGAGGCACAGGCAGGGUGGGAAGAGGAGAAUUCCCUGGGACAUGCGUCUGCACACACACACACACACACACACACACACACACACACACCCCACUGAGGUUCAAAUUCCAGCUAUCAUUUACUACUAGUGUGACCUUUGAGAAGUCACUCACCCCUAGGGGGGAGAGGGGGAGGAGGGGCAGCUCAGUUUUCUCAUUUGUAAAUGAGGAUUUGGGCUGGAUCAUCCCCAAGGCCCUUUCCCACCACAUCCAGUGAUCCACAGUGACCAGAGUGGGUAGAGUCUAAGGCAUGAGCCUGGGACCCCCUAGGUGGAACCCCUCACCAUGCCUCUGACUCUGCCAGAGUUCCUGGCCAGGCCCAGCACCAGCCCAGCUGUACUCCCCACCCAGAGCCCUGACUCUUUCCUCUGUUUCUCCUCAUCUACCCCAUGGCCUGUGUCACAAACAUCUGGACCUGCUGAGGAGUGGGGCAAAGAAGAGGGACUGACCAGGGGGGCAGGGCUACAUAGAAUAAUGGAGAGACCCAGUGGCUUGGCAUAGAAGAGAAUCAGAGUGUGUCAAAUCAGGAGCCAGGAUGAAGCUUGAGGCGCUAAAGCAGCCCCCAGCAGGCUGUGUCCCUCCAGAGUCCCUGGGCUCUCUGCCUCCUGUCACCCUUGCCAAAUGAGGUACAACACUUUGAAGGCAGACUUCUCCUCUCAAGGACAGAGGGCAUUAAGCCUUUCCCUUCCCCCACAAAGGAUUUCCCAGGAACUGAAGGGCCCAGGGCUCUUGCUGGAGCUGAGCCAACCAGAUGGGGAGCUUCUGCCAGCCUUCCCCCUCCACCUCCACCUGCCGGCUUACCUCCUGACCCAGCCCCUGAGGGGGACAGGAGGAGGGAGGGGCUCAGAAACCUUUCCACUCUCACCUCUCUCUGGCUUCUUUCCUGGCCAGUCUGAGCUUCAGGAGGGUGUUAAAGAAUCUGCCAGCCAGGCACAAUGGUAGGGAGGGAGGGGGCUGUGGGGCAGUCCACACUCAGGCCUGUGCAAGGCCAACCCUCUGACAAAAGUGUGCAGCAAACAAGAGGGUAUUACCCUUCAUACCCUUCCACCUCCCCUGGUAACCUGACCCCUCUACUUGCCACCCACAUAGCUGUACUCCCUCCUAUUUCCAUUGCUAAGAUAUUGCCCCACAAUAACUUAAGUAUGAUAAGGGAAUAUUUGCAUGAUAUUGGGGGUCACUGAAGACCCCCAAACCAGACCCAAAGAAAUGAAUCUCUAAUAGUGGAAUUUCAGAUCCUGGAAAGGAGAGAGAUUUGGGUUGUGGAUGCAGCAAACCCAUAUCCCCAGUACCCAGGCCAAGCAAAUUUUCCCUCCCUGGAGUAAUGUCUUGUCAGUAGUCUGUGCCAGAUGUGGACCCCUUUGAGUAUGAAGUACCCCAGCUGUAUCCAGUCCUAACUCCUGUCAUAGCAGAAGUGGGCCCCACAACCCCAAAUGCAGCUCUCCAGCACGAGGGCUAUCUCUGCCCCAACCUGGGAAGGUGUUCUCUCUGGGUGACCGGUGACACUGAGAGGCUGGCUCCCCACAUGCCCACCCUUGACCCCCAAGUAGGUAGUCAGUGAUGCAUGCCAGUCCGUCCUGCUGCAUGGGGCUGCUUGUGCCCACUGAACACUCAGCUUCCCUCAGCUCCCCUUUUGAGACACAUCCUUGUCUGCCCAGCUCCCAAGUGAUACAUCUAUGCUCAAAGCCCAGGGCUCCCAGCCUGGAGCUGCCUUCUGGCCACCUGUCCAGCCCUGUUCCUCUUUUUUCUGUGCAUGAUGGUUGUAUUUCUAACCCGUGUUGUCCUCUCUGGAGUCUUUAGUGGGAGCUGCUAUGUACUGACACUGCCUUAAACCGGAAUAA